GAAUUUUAUUGUUUAUUGAUUCAUUCAUGGCCGCCGCCGUGAUCCACAAUGCAACGGAGACCAAGUCAUCCUCCAUUCACAUCUCUUUCAUCAAACGUCCCCACGAAUACGACACCGCAACUUGCAUUUGUCUCCACACGACUCUCUACUCCAACCAGAACCAGCUGCAGGUCAGGUCUUCCUUCCCUCUCUCCUCUCCCCCAGAUUUCAGGUUAAUUUCUUCCAUUUCUCCCUCACUACUAUAUAAAUGUUUGUGGAAUACUGAUUUCUUCCGCUAUGGUGCAGAGAGUGAAAGAGUUCUUCAGAAACCCUAAUUUGCAGCGACCGAGUGUUUAAACUGAAAUUUGUGUGCGAAUGCGUCGAUUGAUGGAUGGAUUCGAUUGCUCGAAGGUGAAUGCGCUGUCGCUGUCGCCGUCGUCGGUCCAAUCGGAAGCCGUAGCGGAAUUCUCCGUCUUCAUCGAUAAAUUGAAUCCAAUCCUAACUGAAAUCAAAGGCAGCGUUGACGUCGCCGAUUUGCCGACUAUCCAGACCGCCGUCGACUCCCUCGAGUCCGACUACCACCGCGCCAAGUCGGUCGUCGAAUCCGCCGCCCAAACCGUCCGAUCCUCUCCGGCGAAGCAAAUCGAGCAUCUAGCACAGAAUCUCGGCCGGUCGCUGGGGCUCGUCCUCUUCGCCAGCCACGAGGUACCGAUCGCUAACAAACGUAGGAUUGAGGAGCUCUGCAAGGAGCUGAUGAACGUACGGUUCGAGUCGAGUUCGGACUCUGAGUUCGGCGUCGAGGAGGAGGAAGACGAGACGGAGGAGGAAGACGAACCAGAGGAAAUUGCAGGGGAGAGCACUGUAGAUGAGGAGGAGGAGGAACCGGAGGGAACUGCAGGCGAGGGCACUGUAGAGGAUGAAACAACAACAACAACAAAGCCAAUCACGACUGUCUACGAGGCUAUUUCAGAGAUCAGAUAUGGCAAUGAACAGAGGCUUAGAGAGGCCCUUUCUGUGCUAAAUGGAUUCCUAACAGACGGAACGACGUCGUUCGACGACAGCCUCGUCCAAGAAGACGUCGUCCGGGUUCUAUCCAGCCGAUUGAGCUCGUCUCAGGGCGACGAGAGAGUGCUCAUCAUUCGAAUUCUCCGACAUUUUCUUCGCGAAGAUGAUCGACACAAGGAAAAAAUGAAGGACAUGGAGUUCUUGUCGACAUUGGUGAAGUCGCUUAUGCGAGAUUCAGACGAGCAAAGCGAGGCCGUGGGGCUAUUGUUGAGUUUAUCUGACGAUCUUGGCGUUAGGCGAAGGAUCGGGAGGAUACAAGGAUGCAUCGUAAUGCUGGUCGCCAUCUCAAAUGGCGACGAUCAAGAAUGCUCCCGCGAUGCGGGAACCUUGCUAAACUACAUGUCGGGCAACACGCAACACGCGCUCCAUAUGGCCGAGGCCGGGUACUUCAAGCCCUUGAUCAAAUAUCUCAAGGAAGAAAUGAGCAAGGUUCUAAUGGCUACAGCCCUCUCAAGAUUGGAACUCACAGAGCAAAACAAAGCAUCCCUCGGCAGUGACGGCGCAAUCGAGCCCCUCGUCGGAAUGUUCUACGCCGGGAACUUGGAGGCAAAGCUCUCCGCUUUAAACGCGUUGCAACGAUUAUCCAACUCGAAGGCGAACAUACAGCGAUUGAUCGACUCCGGCAUCGUCGUGUCCCUGUUGCAGCUACUUUUCUCGGUGACGUCGGUGCUCAUGACCCUGCGCGAGCCUGCAUCCGCGAUCCUCGCAAGGGUUGCGCAAUCGGAAAGCAUUCUUGUCAAACGAGACGUCGCAUACCAGAUGCUCUCGUUGCUGAACCUAUCAAGCCCGGUGAUCCAAAACCACUUGCUCGAAGCAUUGAACAACAUCGUAUCUUACGCGAACGCGUUGCGAGUGCGUAGGAAGAUGAACGAGAACGGCGCGAUUCGGCUUCUCAUCCCGUUUCUUGCGGAGCGCGACGCGAAGCUCCGAACCGGCGCCCUAAGGCUUAUGCGAUCGCUCGCCGUGGAUAUACAAGGAGUCGAGCUCACCGAACAACUCGGGUACCCUCAUGUUCGAACGGUUGCCGGAAUUGUUGCGACCUCGGCAUCGGAAAACGAAAAGGUUGCGGCAUUGGGGUUGCUCGGGUACUUGCCGGUGAGCGACAAGAAAGUAACGGACAUACUCAAGGACGCGGACAUGCUACCGUUGAUCGUCUCGAUGAUGAGAUCGAGCCACGCAAAUCCCGACCUCUCCGAGACCAUCACCGGCGUCGUCGUCCGGUUCACCAUCCCGACUGACAAACGACUCCAGCGAUACUCCGCCGAGCACGGCGUGAUCCCGGAGCUUCUCAAGCUGCUGCUGCAAUCGACCCCGUCGCCGAAAGCGAAAUCCACGGCGGCGCUAUGCCUGACCCAGCUAUCGCAAAACUCACAGCAUCUAGCGAAGAUGUCGUCCCGGAAGCUCAAAUGGCUAUGCGGGCCGGGCCCGUCGGCCAACGGCUUCUGCCGUGUUCACGACGGGCAGUGCUCGGUGAAGGGCACAUUCUGCCUGGUCCGGGCCGGCGCCAUUCCCGCGCUCAUCGGAGUCCUCGAAGGGGACGAAAUGGGCGCGUACGAAGCGGCACUUGGAUGCAUUGCGACGCUACUUCCGGACGACACGUGGCAGCACGGAUGCGAGCAUCUCGUGCGGGCCCGUGGAGUGGAGGCAAUCGUAAAGAUUUUAGCCGAAGACGAACAUAAAUUUUGCGACGAGGAAGAAAGGAAGGUGAAAGAAAAAGGGCUAUGGAUAUUGGAAAGGGUGUUUAGAGUAGAAGAAUAUAGAGAGGAAUAUGGUGAGAGUGCAAAAGGGGUGUUGAUAGAUGUUGCAUCACAAAAUGGACAAGAAACAUCAUUUGCACCACUUUUGGGUAAGCUCUUUGCACACCUUCAACUCUUGCAAGAUCAAUCAACCUACUUUUGAUUUCUUCCAAAAAAAACUUGACUAGAUUUUUUUUUUUUUUUUUUUUUUUGAGUUUUGAAUGGGGUGUUUUUCAUCAUCUCUCAUUUUUUUUUUGGUUUUGGAAAUGGGAGGAAAUGAGAUAUGGUUUGAAGAUUGUGUAUUUUUUUUUUUUUUUUUAUUCUUUGGUGUUUUGAUAGAAUGUUUUGGAUGAUGUUUGUUAGAUUAUUAAAUUGAUUGAAUCGAGAAU